AUGGAGGGAUCGUCGUCCAAAGGUUUGAGAAAAGGUGCAUGGACUCCCGAAGAAGAUAGUCUUUUGAGGCAAUGCAUUAAUAAGUAUGGGGAAGGCAAAUGGCAUCAAGUUCCUUUACGUGCUGGGUUAAACCGAUGCAGGAAGAGCUGCAGAUUAAGAUGGGUGAACUAUUUGAAUCCGAAUAUCAACAGAGGAGAAUUUACUUCUGCUGAAGUUGAUCUUCUCCUUCGCCUUCAUAAGCUUCUAGGAAACAGGUGGUCACUGAUUGCUGGUAGAUUGCCUGGUCGGACCGCUAAUGAUGUCAAGAAUUACUGGAACACCAAUUUGGCUAAGAAGAAAGAACCGUAUUGUACGAGCAUAAUGAGAAAUAAAGAAGGACCUUGUUCAGCUACGGCACCGGCUCACAAACACAAUGUUAUAAGGCCUCGACCUCGAUACUUCUCCAACAACAAUGGGUGGAGCUCGGUCAACAAUCGGUCAGAAAUUAGCAUUGGCGAAGUAAGCACAAAAUAUGGUAGUAUCACAAGUAACAAAGAUGACAAGAAAUGUGAUUUCGUCGACAAUCAAGUAGAUGGAGAGAGUAUGCGGGGGAAGAGAUUGCUGGAAGUGAACCAAGAGGCGGAUGCAGUGGGUAAUGUAGGUAUUACAAUCAAUGAGGGAGACAGUUCUUCGAUCGAUUCAAUGGCUUCCACGUUUGAAAAUCUUGGGAGUUUGUAA